AUGCAGAAGUUCCAUAAUGAUUUGGGUGGUUCAAAAGCAGGCUCAAAGCCAAAAACUUCUCACAUUUUGAAACUGUGGGAGAUGUACUUGAAAAUGCACUACGGAAAAAUCAAGGAUGCUGUCAAAAAAGAGCAGGAAGAACUGAAAAACGUACCAUCCACUGGGCCAGCCAAGAAGACCACUCUCAAUAUUGUCAAGCAGCACAUUAAACAGGCCUUCAACAAUAAGUCUGAAGAAGUGAAGGCAGAGGUGCUUGCUGCUGUUGAAACAAUGAAAGAGACAAAGUGUGCAGAAAUAGAGGCAGUGAAGAACCAGUGUCAUGAUAUUAAUAAGGAUGUCGCACUUAGAUAUAUAUCCAAAAUCGCGACAAUCCUAACACAAUUCUUCAAGGAGUUACAUGAGAUGACAGAUUGGGUAUUUACAGUUCUCAUGGGUGGGCCACAUCCUGAUAUGGGCAGGGUGCUCGAUGUUAGUAGCUUCCAUGUUGGAACAACAAAACUGGGCAAUUGGUUCAGUCAGGCCUACCCACAUUUUUCACAGAAUGUUAUGGUGCCUUACACACAGUUUAUUGAAUGUGUCUUUUCUGAGGCAGCCACACUGUUGAGAGGAAAGGACUUGCUGCCUGGUUCUACUAUGUCAUCUACUCUGGCUAUCACUCCUUGA